CAACAACUGAAUCUUCAUUGAUGAGAAGACUCCAUGAAAUAUCACUCUUCACGGCCUCAUGUCAGUCUGUCAUUAUGGAGAUCAGAGAGAGAUCUUCAUCUCCAGAUCACACCAGAGAGUCUCUGAAGAGCCACAGAUCCAUGAAUCCUCCUGAAUCCAGUGAUGAUCCAGUGACCUCUGACCCCAGGAUCUACAGUCAGAGAUCUUCAUCUCCUGAUCACAGCUGUGUGUCUCUGAAGAGUGAUAGAUCCAUGGGUAAUCGUCCUAAAUUGAGUGAUGAAGCAGUGACCUCUGACCCCAGCAGAGCAGAUGGAGAGCGAAGCAUCUCUGGAGGAGUCUCCUCUGUCUUCUGUCUGAACAACACGAGCGUUACAGCGUCUCUGAAUAAACAUGAUCAAGCAGUGAAUGAUGAACUACAGAGAGUCAAAGAGCAGCACAAAACCAGCAUGAAGAACAAGUAUGAGAGAUUAUGUGAGGGACUGAAACUCCAGGAGAAUGAAAGCCUCCUGAACAGCAUCUACACACAGCUCUACAUCAUAGAGGGAGAGAGAGAAGGAGUGAAUGAAGAACAUGAGGUUUUACAGAUGGAGAAAACAGCCAGAACACAACCCUCACAAGACGCUCCAAUCUACUGCAAUGACAUCUUUAAAGCCUCCGCUGAAGCAGGAUCUGAGGAGAAAGAGCAGAUCAAGACUGUUCUUACUAAAGGCAUCGCUGGAAUCGGAAAAACCGUCUCUGUGCAGAAGUUCAUUCUGGACUGGGCCGAGGGAAAAGCCAAUCAGGAUGUAGAUUUCAUGUUUGUGCUUCCAUUUCGAGAGCUGAACUUGAUCCGAGAUCAUCAGUACAGUCUUCACAGACUUCUGCUGGACUUUCAUCCUGAACUUCAAGAUCUGGACUCACAGAUUUAUGAGGAGUGUAAAGUUGUGUUCAUCUUUGAUGGUCUGGAUGAAAGCAGAAUCACACUGAUGUUUUCAGACGCUCAGAAAGUUUGUGAUGUGACUGAGACUUCAUCAGUGGCUGUGUUGAUGUCAAAGCUGAUGAAAGGAGAGCUGCUUCCCUCUGCUCUCAUCUGGAUCACCUCCAGACCAGCAGCAGCCAAUCAGAUCCCCUCCGAAUACAUCCACCGUCUGACAGAGAUUCAGGGAUUCACUGAGCCUCAGAAGGAGGAAUAUUUCAGGAAGAGAAUCAGUGAUGAGCAUCAAGCCAGCAGAAUCAUCUCACACAUCAGAAGAGCAAGAAGCCUCCACAUCAUGUGCCACAUCCCCGUCUUCUGCUGGAUCUCAUCCACUGUGCUUCAGACGCUCCUGGAAGAAGAUCUGAGAGCAGAAAUCCCUCAAACUCUGACUGAAAUGUACAUCCACUUCCUGCUGAUUCAGAUCAACAUGAGGAAGCAGAAGUAUGAAGAGAGAGAUCCAGAGAAACUCCUGCCGUCCAACAGAGAAGUGAUUGUGAAACUUGCUGAAGUGGCUUUCAAACAGCUGAUGAAGGGCAAUGUGAUGUUCUAUGAGGAGGACCUGAUUGAGAGCAGCAUAGACGUCACUGACGCCUCGGUGUAUUCUGGGAUUUGCACUGAGAUCUUUAAGCAGGAAUCUGUGAUUCAUCAGAGGAAAGUCUACAGCUUCAUUCAUCUGAGCGUUCAGGAGUUUCUUGCUGCUUUCUAUCUGUUUUACUGCUAUUUAACAAAGAACAAGAAAACACUGGAUGAAUUCAGAUUAAACAGAUCUGAUGAAGACUCUCUGUAUGAUCUACUAAGAUCAGCAGUAAAUAAAGCUCUUGAGAGUAAGAAUGGACGUCUGGAUCUGUUCCUGCGGUUCCUGCUGGGCGUCUCACUGGAGUCCAAUCAGAGACUCUUACAGGAUCUACUGACACACACAGAGAACAGCUCAGAGACCAUCAGCAGAACCACACAGAACAUUAAAGAAAAGAUCAAGAGUAGUGAUCAUCUCUCAGCUGAUCAGUCGAUCAAUCUGUUCCUCUGUCUGCUGGAAGUGAAAGAUCAGACUCUGUUCAGAGAGAUAGAGAAGUUUCUGAAAUCAGACAAGCACACAGAGAAGAAACUCUCUCCUGCUCACUGCUCAACAAUCUCCUACACGAUUCAGAUGUCAGAGGAGCCACUGGAUGAACUGAACCUCAAGAAAUACAACACAUCAGCUGAGGGGAGAAGAAGACUGAUACCAGCUGCGAUCAACUGCAGAAAAGCUCUGUUGUGGAAGUGUGGCGUCACAGAUGAAGGUUGUUCUGCUCUGACUUCAGCUCUGAGAUCAAACCCCUCACACCUGAGACAACUGGAUCUGUCUGAGAAUAAAAUAAGAGAUUUGGGAGUGAAGUGUCUCUGUGCUGGACUGGAGGAUCCUCGCUGUAAACUGGAGAUUCUGUGGUUGCUUAAUUGUGACGUCACAGAUGAAGGUAGUUCUGCUCUGGCUUCAGCUCUGAUAUCAAACCACUCACACCUUACAGAACUGAAUCUGUCUUGGAAUAAACUAGGAGAUUCAGGAGUGAAGCAUCUCUCUGCUGUACUGGAGGAUCCUCACUGUAAAUUGAAGAAUCUGUGGUUGAGAGAUUGUGACGUCACAGAUGAAGGUUGUUCUGCUCUGGCUUCAGCUCUGAGAUCAAACCCCUCACACCUGAGAGAUCUGAAUCUGACUGAGAAUAAAAUAAGAGAUUUGGGAGUGAAGCAUCUCUGUGCUGUACUGGAGGAUCCUCGCUGUAAACUGGAGAAACUGUGGUUGUGGAAGUGUGGCGUCACAGAUGAAGGUUGUUCUGCUCUGGCUUCAGCUCUGAGAUCAAACUCCUCACACCUGAGAGAACUGGAUCUGUCUGGGAAUAAUUUAGGACCAUCAGAAGUGAAGUUACUCUCUGAUCUGGAAUAUGAUUCACGUUAUAAACUGCAGACAUUAUUCUACUGACUCUCAGUAUUCAGCUCAUGGUGAAUAAGAUCCGCUACAGAGAGACGUCACAGUCACAAAAUCAACAGAGACUGAAGACACAGAGACACACAGCAUCACAGAGAGUUAAAACACAGGGCCAUGGACACAUUGGUC